UCUGGGCCGGCAGGACUACCGAAUGAUUUCCGAUUCUUCCUGUGCAGUGCAUAUUUACAUCGGAAACAAAUCGGAGCCCUUCUCCCUCACGACAGUCAAGAACGUCUACAAAUUACUCCUUACAAAUGAAGCGGCCAUUGACAGCAGCCACGCCAUCCACCGAGUUGCUCACUACAGUCAAUCUUCCGAGCUCGUGCAGGCAAGCAACAAGAGUCUGAGCAGCCGAUUCACCCUCCCGACUCCCGGUUUCAGCCAGGGCACAUCUCUUCAAGAUCAGCUGAGUUAUAUAAACGAGCAUAAAAGCAUCGCAGCACUCCAACACGCACAUCUCGAGGAGUCGGGAGAGCACUACUCGCUGAAUCUAUGGAACCUGUAUUGCCCAGCCGAUCCCUCGUUCCAAUUCUUGUGGAACGCCAACGCGAAGAAAGGAACUUUCGAAUUCCGACAAUCUGCAGGAACUCUUGAUCCCAUCGAGAUACACCACCGGAUAGCCUUCUACACCGCCGUCGUCGACUUCGCCGAACAGCUGAGCCUAGAAGAAAUGGACCAGAUUUGUGUACGACAACGUUCGACGCCCGGAUACGAUCUUCUGGCCCUGCUCGCAGACAUGAAAUGCCAUCCCGAGACUAUCGAGUAUUACCGCAAGAAGCUCAGCCGACGCGUGAUCGCAAAGCGAUCAUGUUGGAUUAGGAGUUGGCGUCUUGCCAUCUCAUGGCUGCUCGGGACUAGCGAUUUUAUGCAGCAUUUCGUGGAUGAGAGCGAGGAGGACCACCUUUAUGCCCAGGAUCCGAGGAACGUCAAUGAGAGGGUCAAGGAUAACGCUCGACAUGGUCUCUAUGGGGAUCUGCUUUCGGACCAAUGAUCGAGAGAUUGUUCGGACUUGCGGGGCGUGCUUCCGACACCCACGCAGCGACGAAUGACGAAGAUGCGCUGGCGCUCGGAGUCAUUUGGACGCGUUUUUGACUCAAAUAAGAGCGGAUGAGUACGCGCAGGUUGCACCGAUACGCCUCUUUUAUGUACUAGUAGCGUGCGGGCAUGUUGGAACACUCCGUCAAUAUCAUCGUCCUUUCUUCGCAUCGUGGGACCUCGAAAGAGGCCUACAAAUAGCAUCCAUUUCUGCCACACUAGACUUCUCGUGUUGCUUCAUCUCUCAGGAUUAGACUCACGCAGAAGCCGAAUAGGAUGUCGUGAUGAGCACACGCUGCUGUGAAAGACUUCGUCUUCGCCGCCUCGAGAUGCAUAAAAUUGUGUUACUCAGUGCAUAAAUCCAUG